CUUUGGACAACGUUCAGGAGAAGGUCAGCAAUUUCCCAUUCUCCAUGCAGCCUGCAUCAAGCUUCCCGGAUAAGCAAUUUGCUGACACGUGCUCUACCAAUAGUGGAUUUCCGAGGUUCUUCACUUCUGCCAAGGUCUACCUAUCAUCCUCGUCGGCUGCAAGAAGGAUCUGCGUUACGACGCUAAGACGAUCGAGGAGCUACGUAAGACCAGCCAAAAGCCCGUCUCUCCUGAAGAGGUAAGUUCUCAUCUCAGCCUUGCUUUGCUGUAUCUGGGUGGCGUCUCGAUACGAGACGACCAGUCCUAUAACAGCCUCGCCUCCCAUUAUAUAUAUGUAACGUAGUUGCUAAGCUCUCGUAGGGUGAGGAUAUCCGUAAGAAGAUUGGCGCCUACAAGUACCUUGAAUGCUCGGCCAAGACGAACGAGGGUGUCCGGGAGGUUUUCGAGCAUGCCACCCGCGCUGCCCUGCUGUCCCGCAAAGGACAGAAGAAGCACUCUAAGUGCUUAGUCCUUUAAACAAUAUACACGGCUUUUAUGAUACCUUCGACUUACCGUCGUAAUCCAUCGUCGUCCUUCUAGGUUCAUUCCACGGACGGGAUACGCAGAUGACAAGGGGCUUUGGACGGACUGGAAGGGUUGGACCGCCUACGCGCCAUAGUCUCGGCUGGAGUUUGAUUCGUCUGCUCGCAAUUGCUACUUCGGCCGGCGUGCAACUCAGGACAGCUUUCACGUGUCUCCCAUAUUUACAAAGGGAGUAUAUUGGUGACGGAGUAGCGGGUAUCAUUGUACUUGAAUUCCCAAACGGAUCGAGAGGAGGAGGGGAUAGGCAAACUUUGCUGCCGUUAGAGAGUGUGGGUGGUGUGUUGUGAGUGGUAUGUGUGUCAAGAUUGGCGAGACAACCCCAGAGAAUACGGCUAUAUCAUAAAUCUUCUCCUUUUUACUGCUCUUGAUAAUUCCCGCGUCAGGUCAAACCAGGGAGUGGACAUUUGUUGUGCAGGGGCUACUCUUUCUACCUGUCUUUUUUCCCAAUCAUACUCCUUACUAAUAUCCUGAUGUCCUGCCGGUCUCUACCUUGUGUGUCUGAUGAGUUCUUUCUGCUGCUGCGUGUCCGUAUAAGUCACCAGUGUUGUGAGAAGCUUCCAUGUAGCCUAUAGCUGUACGAUACCGCCCGUUUUAGGAGAGUUCCCUGAAGGGCUCGCCGAAGUGACUCAGACGAGGUCUUGGUAUUGUAGUCUGACGUGGAUUGUAGCCGCAUUGGAGAUGGUCAUGUGAGAUUGAUUCAGGAUGUCAUAUUAGGGACGUAUGUAGUGCCUAGCUGAUUCAUGA